UUAUGGUGACGCCUCUAGUCCCGUGAUCGCAGCCCUGAAGAGGUUAUCUUCAAGGAGCAUGUCAUCAUCUAAAAGUCUGGAAAACCUCAGCUCACAAACAAGUUGCUCACUCCCUCCAUCAGCCUCAACUCUGCCCAGCUCUGAGCAGAUGAGAGGCAGUGUGUCAGUGACUGCUCUUCAGAACCACCAGACAGACAGUGACACCUUUGAGACCAACUUUGGCUGGAGAAGAAACACAGGGAGCUCCACGUCUAACCUCAGCCUCUCCUCAGGAAUGGCCUCCAUGUCCUCUGUCGGCGGCAGCACCAGCAGCAUCUGCCCUGCAGACUUUGGAGACGUUGAAGUCCAGGGAAGCAUCCAGUUUGCUGUGAACUACAUCCAGAAGCUUGGAGAGUUCCACAUAUUUGUUGUGCACUGCAGGGACCUGGCCGUGGUGGACAGUAAGAAGAACAGCUCCGACCCGUAUGUGAAAUGUUAUCUUCUUCCUGAUAAAACAAAGUUAGGAAAGAGAAAAACUGUUGUUAAAAAUAAAACUUUGAACCCCACCUACAAUGAAAUCCUCAAGUACAAAAUCAUAAUGGGAGGGUUGAAAACUCAGAGUUUGAACAUCUCGGUGUGGCACAACAACACUUUUGGGCGGAACAGCUUCCUUGGUGAGGUGGACCUGGAUCUGUCAGAAUGGGACUUCAGCAACACACACAUAAAUGAAUAUGCACUUAAAGCCAGGGUCUCAGCACAAAGUCCAGCAUCUUUUCCUUGGCAGCAGGCGGACAGCAGGGGACAGAUGAGAGUGGCUCUCAGGUUCCUGCCGCAGACGUCUCACAGUAAGAGGACAUCGAGGAUGGAGACUGGUGAGGUGCAGAUUUGGGUGAAAGACUGCAAGAACCUUCCUCCGGUCAGAGGAGUUAUUAUUGACCCCUUUGUGAAAUG